AUGGUUUGCCUUUGUCCGUGCAUGCGAAUUCCAAGCCAUAUGAAGAGCAGACAGCUCCACCAAGAAGGCGACGAGUUUCUCACGGCCAAUGAAACUACACUCUCCGAGCAAGGUAUCCGGUUCCAUCAAGCAAAGCCAGUUUUCAACCAGCCGGCCGAAAUCGAUCAAGGCCUGAACCUAUUGCCUGAUUUGGAGGAGCGACUGCAUCUUGCUAGGAGAGCCCAAAUAUCAAUCCGUAGCCAACAUACAAAGGAGUACGAUGUCAAAGACUACGCCUUUAAUCUGGUCCAGCUAUCCUCGUUCGUAUUUAGCGACCUGGGCUUUCUCAGACUGAUAUCCAGAACUGAGGGGUACUUCCAGUACCGUCGUCUAACGUCCACUGAAGCUUUAUUGGCAAUAUUCGCCAAGACUCUAGCAUCGGCCAAGGGGACGGAACGGGGAUCCAGCCACCCCGAAACCUGCCACAUCUGGCCAUUCUCCGCGAAUAACAACGUGGACAACUUCACGAAUACCCAAGAGGUUCUUAGCAGGUCGCUAGGAUUGCUAAGCCCUAGCCUUUUUUCUGGGCUAACGCAAUUGCUAGCCCCGGAUACCGAUGAGCUCGGAUCUUCCGAUAAGGCUUGGAAUAUGAUCGCCCUUAGCCCCGAACUUCAAAGUUACUGGUCAAAAGCCUACUUUGGACUGAAGUGGAUCGGAGCCGAUAACCCGACUUCGAAUGACAAUGACAUUGCCACAUUCAAGGUCGAGUGGCAUUGGCUUCCACGAGAUGCUGUCGGUGCACUAGAGCGAAGGCUUGGAAAGCUAAAGCGGACUAACCACUGUUCUCUUCCCGAGAUCGACCUCAAAUCUGAGAAGGUGGUAAACUUGGUUUGCAACGCUUUGAAAGAAGCAUGGACGCCACCCAGCUCGACCUUUCCGGAACUGGCUAGGACGAAGUAUGCCUCCUCCAGUCGGCCAGUUGAGACGGGGCAUAUAAUCUCGCUUAGGGUCAAACGCAGCGACUUGGAUAAAACCGAAAUUCUAAUCAAAACCCAAUGGCUUGCUGUCCAAAUGGCGGCACUGUCUGGCGCUGGAGAAAUCGCGGAUGAACUCAUUAGGAAGCCUCCUCGGCCAAUGGACGGGCCUCCAAUUCCCUUGUUCCCUUCACUACGCCCCCGUGAGGCCGCCGACGAAGAGUAA